AUGACAGCAAUUGCAGAAACUCUAAAACCCCUACGUUUCCAAUCAUCACGAUCCUCUCGCUCUUCCUUCCAGAUCUCCUUCACCCGUCGGCUGUCAUCAAAAGCCACCACGCCUCAGACACCCAAGAAGGUAACAGCACCACCAAGAACCGCCAACACCUCCACACCCACAGCAACCGCCGCAUUGCGCUCCUACGCGGAACAGCUUGCGCGCAAGAAUGCGCCGACAAUCCUAUACGAAGCGCCGUCGCACUUCUGGCUGCGGGUGUUCUCCUUCGCAGCAGGAGGCUUCUGCAUGAGCUACGCGGCCAUCAACUACUGGAGCAUCACGCUGCACCCGCCCGAGGGCGUCGCGUGGUGGGUGCCGCACGGCUUCGCCGUCAUCUGCGUCUUCAUGGGCGCCAUGGGCGGCUACUUUGUGCUGGGAACCGCAUGGGUCGUGCGCUCCAUACGCGCCGUGCCCGGGGGCCUCCUGCCCGCCGGUGCCGCCAAGGCUGGCGGCAAGGCGCCGAAGGCGAACACGGCGGCCGCGGUGGCGGGAGGUGCGGCGUCGCCGAUCAAGCUUGAGAUCACGCUGAGCAGGGUGAUGCCGCUCCUGCCGGCGCGGAAGCUGUUUGCCUCGCCGGAGGAGGUCAUUCUACCGUUCAAACUGGCAGCCACGCCAAUGGCACAAGGCGUAAUGCCGGCCAAGGUCCUUACCGGCAGAGAGCAGGUACUAAAAGCAAAGGCAGAGGCAGAGGCGCGCAAGGCGGCGCGGAAGUAUGAACUAGAUCAUCUGAUGACGGCGCCGUUCCGCCACGCUGGUCGUGGUGUUUCCCAGCUAUGGAGUGGUGCGAGGCGGGCGCUGACCCGUGAAGGGUUUGCCAAGUUCCAAGUGAAAAACACCUCGUAUAAGCUGGAUAUCACGGGCGGUUGGGCCUUGGAUAAUGGCCGCGCUUUAGAUAGGCUUUCGUUAUAA